CUAUCUGCAUCUGCUUCUCAGCUCGCUCGGACGAGGACGAUCUCUGGAUCACGGUAGAGGGCGAGCCCCCUUGCUGAACUUUGACCGGGAUGCAGCAACGACUAGCUCAAGCCCAGGCUCCGGCUAGACCUCCGAGACGAAACUCCAGGGGUGAAGGAUCGUUGGUCGCAGGAGCAAACUCGUAUGCACUGCCGCCAGGAGCAGCACCACCUUCGGUCGGGUCAAACUCGGAUCUCGCUGGGCAAGGGUUCGAGGACGAUGUGACACCCAGCUUUCAACAGUUUGCUUCGCCGUUGACCGGACUGCCGCCGUUACUGGCUCCUCAACUCGGAAUGUCUUCGUCUCCUUCGACUAGCAGAAAGUUGCCGCCGACCGCCGCUAUCCAGACCAACUUUAAUCAAACGAAUCGGCAACGGGAUGACGAACACGGCUACGUCUCACCGAACUCGGCUCCUCCUACUCAUUCGACAUUCGCUAUUGACCUCACGAACGCCCCACCGCUUCCACCCCUGGUCCAGUACCAUUCUCCUGUCAGCCCGACCAACGGCGGUAAGCCCGCAUUCCUCAGACAAUCGUCACGAAAGGGCUCUGGUUCGCCUGUCAAACAACCUCCUAGCCAGCAAGGCACUCCGCCUGAACCUGUGACAGUCUACUCGAGGACCUCUCCGACCCCACCGAGCUCGUUUGGCAAUGCUGGGAGACGAGCGAUGAGCCCGAUCCUGGCCAACACGUCAGGGUCCCCUCUCCUGGAAGCGCCUCCGAGGAGCUCGUCAAGACAGGGAUCACCUUCACCCUCGCCGUCUUACCGGAGCGUCUCCGAGUCUUCGUCUCGGAACCAUUCGUACAACAACAGCACGGCGGCGCAACCUUCGAUCCAUGUCAUCGCUUCCUCCCAUCCAUCACCUGCAAGAAGGCCGUCUGCGACGCCAUCCGGGUCUGUGCCGGGGUCCAGGUCGACGUCGGCCGGAUCCGCCGUAACCAACAAGGACCUCCCUCGGUUGAAUAUCGCCAACACUGCCGCUCCUCCUAGGUCUGGUAGUCCUUUGAAUCCCAACGCAAACAUGGUCAACUCACCUACGGUCAUGUCACCCACGCUGGACCUACCGCGACGUGGAGCAUCGUUAGCGGCCAGACCGGGGAUGGAUUCGGCAGAAGGGAUGGUUUCGCAGAUGGAACCCCAAUUGCGUCAACCUCGACCGCUCCCUAGCGUCAUCCAGGGCCAGGCUCUGAAUUCGUUUUCGCUCGGGUCGAGGCAGACGACGCCUGAUCCGGUGGCCAUGAUGGAGAACCUACAUAUGGCACCCGAUUCCAGGUCGACCCCGCCUCCAACGGCUGGGACCGACGCCGAGGGUAGCAUACUGAAUCGACCCAAACCUAAACCCAAAUCGUCGGCCUACCGAUCAUCUCCCUCAAGGUCCCCUGCCCCACCGUCGGAUGGGUUCCAACCGCCGUCCUACUCGGAAGCUCGGACGCUUUCCUCCAGACAAGGCCCGCAGGGAACGACGGGUCUCGAACGUAUCAUGAUGGAAGACGCCGUGCAGGCGGCAAUGCUUCCCCAUCUCCCCAUCUCGAGCUUUCUGGCACUGAUGACGACCCUGGAAAAGGAUACAAGGCAUGCGAUCAGCGGCGAGCUGGUCGGUCGUUGGGUAACUGCCAGUUGGGGUAUGGAGCUGGGACCGAGAGACGUGCAUCAGUGGCCCGGGUUGGGCGUAUGGGAAGGGUUCCUGGAAUCGCUAUUACACAAUGCCGAGGCGUUCAGCACGUAUCCGGCUCAUUUCAAGCCGCUGCUGCAACAUCUCUGUCUGUCCUAUUCGCUCGUCGUCUUGCUCUUACGGACCCUGCCUGCCGAGGCAUUUCCUUCGACCCCGCCUUUCGCGUUCGAAGAGGAGCAGACGUUGGCUGCGGCCGGGAUGCCCAAGUCGAUGUCGAGCUUGAGUCUCGCCAGCGCCGCACACUCUCGGCGGGCUCAGGGUGGCGCUGUUGGCGGAAGCUGGGAAUUGGGAUCUCGACCGAAGCACGUACCAAGAGCGGAAAGGCCGGUCGAGUUGGUCAUGCCCGAGCCGUUAGGUGCACCGAAGAAUCAGGGAGACGAAGUCGAGACCAUUGUUCCGCCGCCAACACCGCAGACCAGCUCGCACCAUCGUCGACGUAGUUCCGGCUCGGCUUCGAUAAUCUCGUGGACCAGCAAGGCGAGGCGGGGGAGUGCACCGAGUGAAGCUGGGAUCAGGUCACCAGCUAUGUUGAGCGACAAGAAGUUUCCGCCCGUAUCAUUCCCAUCAGCCAAGCGUUACGUCUUCAAGGGAUACGGCGAUCCGGUAGCACCUCGUCAACGUACUACAUCGGAGAGCGGCGGGAGUCGUCCUGGAUCCAUCUUCUCGGUGGAAGAGUCGAUUGCGCCGAGGAACCGCGCUCCCAAGUUCAAUAACAAGCGAUCGCCGAGUGGGAUGGACCUGAAUUCGACCUGGGGUGGCAGACCGGGCACUGGACGCAAUUCACCCAUUGCUCAGUCGUCAUCGGGGCUACGGUUCACCAGCAUGACCAGCGAGCGCAACCUCAACAGCUACUCUCCCGAUCCAUCACGUUGGGGAUCCAGGACGCCAGAACCGAUCGAACCUGCGUUUGACAAGCCCAUUCCAUACGUUGUGGGAAGGGCGCCCAUCCUCAGGGUCUUUGUCCCGCUUUCCCGAGAGAUCCCGGCUUGGCCUUGUGCCGAGGGAGCUGCACAGGCUCGUCGAGAACUUGAGCGGUGUGGCGCCUGGGGGAAAUUGAGGAUCGGAGACGUUAUCGUGAACACCGCCUUGCAGGAGCCGUUACUGCCGCGACACCUGAUGCUCUACAUUCCAACGAUGCAACCCUUCCUAUGUCCGCUCGAAUACAGGUUCGGCGAGCAAGGUCACUUGCCCGGCUACUUGGAUGCCUUCACGAUCCCACCCUCUUUCUACUAUCCACUUCUUUUCUCGGGGCCCUACGUCAUCCAUCUCGACUUGGGUCCCUGGGCUGAUGCUGCAGUCGAGACGCUGAGAUUGGCUUUCGCAAGGAGCGACAUCACCACGACACGAGGCGACAAGGUGACGGCCAAGAGGUACCUGCAUGUUAUCGGGUUCGAGAUCAACGCCCAGACAAAACACCAGGCGGUGGAUGAUUGGUUCGGAAUGGUCAGCAUCGAGGCCGAGGGGACGGCCGAGGGUAGAAGGGAGCUUCUUCGGCGACUUGGAAGGGACGGUCAGGGUCGGCGCGUAAAGCCUCAUCGUGGGCCUUACGAGGUCGUCCGAGACAAGUCCCUUGGAGGGAACAUCUGGUUGAGACUCAUCUCCGAGACCGCAAACGAGCCUCGUCGUCUUUAAUCAUAUAAUGCACGUGAACAGG